ACUUCAUAUGUUGGGAUCUUGUCUUGUACCGUCUCCUGCAGCUGGGCCAGUUAGCGGAUAGAAACAACACCAGAGACUCCAGAAUCAGCUGCCUGAUCCACAAUGGCUGCAGGUCGUGAGGAGAUGGACCUAGAUACGUUCUACCGGGCUGUGCAGGAAGGUGACGUGCAGACUGUGAGGAGGGGGCUGGAGGCUGGGGUGGACGUCAACGUCAAGAGGAAGUGGAAGGGUUGGCCUGACAAAUCGGCGUUGCACCUGGCCUGUUGGCGCGGUCAGACUGAGGUGGCAGAGCUGUUGAUUCAACAUGGAUCCGACCUGGAGGCGAUAAACGUUCUUAACGAAACACCCCUCCACGAUGCUGCUCGCUGGGGCCACACCGACACGUGUCAGCUGCUGAUUGGUUCUGGUGCUAACAUUGAGGCUAGAACAUUGGUGCAGUGGACACCUCUUCACCGCGCUGCCAGCCGGGGCCGAACUCGGAUCUGUCAACUUCUGAUUCGUCACGGGGCUGACGUGAUGGCCAGGGAUGAUAGGGGGAUGACUCCGUCAAAAUGUGCAGAUGACCGGAAGACUCGGCGUGUCCUGAAGAAUCGAGAGAAGCAGGUGAUGCAAGAAAAGAAGUACCACGAGUUGCUGCAGAAGUCUGGCGGAGUGAAAGUUAACAGGUGUAAGGUGGUCUUGGGUGGGAGGGAGAACGCAGGGAAAUCUACUCUGAAAGCAAGUCUUACAAAGCGCCCAGUGAUCGCCAGAUUGGGAAGUCUUGGUAAGGUGUCGUCAGUCGAGGAGCCUUACGAACCCACCCCAGGGGUGGAUGUUGGGAACGUCAGCAUUCCGGGAGUGGGACAGGUCAGCCUGUGGGAUUUUGCUGGGCAGGCGGAGUACGCGGGCAACGCCAAGCUGCCCAUCUUCUGCACCUGA